CAAGCGCGCCUACCGGCAACGCAGUGCAAUUGAGAGGCUGCCUCGCCGCUGGUGAAACUCUGGUGUUUUGGGGGUGGUGGAACAGAAUGCAAGAAGUUGACAAGAUUGAAACUCUGAAACAAGAAUGGGUUUGCACACCAAGAAAGGACAGUCAAGUUCAGAAUGGCACAGACCAGAACAGCUGUGAUAUUUUUGUCGAUAAUCUUUUUGAAGAAGCACAGAAAGUUGGGGCUGUGUGCACACAGCAGACAAAAGUUAAAAGCCAAGCUGACACAACAAUUAAAUUAUGGAAAAAUGGCUUCACAGUGAAUGAUGGUGAACUCCGAAGCUAUACAGAUGUUGCAAACCAGCGCUUUUUGGACUCAAUCAAAAAAGGGGAGUUGCCUUCUGAAUUACAGAAGAUAUGUGGCAAAGAAGAAGUGGCCGUGAAGGUGGAUGAUAAAAAGCAUGAGGUGUAUACACUGAAGAAGCCAGUGUUCCAUCCUUUCUCUGGACAAGGGUACAGAUUAGGAAGUGCGACGCCAAGAAUAAUUUCUAAAGUAAAAAGAGACGUUGAAGAAAUUGAAAAGAAAAAACCGACAGUGGUAUUAAAUUACUCAGAACCCAUCACCAGUGUCCAGAUCUGGUUAGCAGAUGGAACAAGGAUAGUACAGAAGUUUAAUAUUUCUCAUAGAAUAAGUCAUGUCAGAGACUUCAUAACAACCCACCAAGGAGAUCAUGGAAGGGGUGCCUUCACUUUGGCCACAUCGCUUCCUUUUCGGGAGCUGCUGAAUGAAUCCCUCACGCUAGAGGAAGCUGACUUAAAAAACGCCGUCAUUGUUCAGAGACUUAAGAAAACAACUGAGCCUUUCAAAGGCCUUUCGUAAGAGCCGGCAUCAAGAUGGCCCUGAAAUAGUGCUUCAGGACAAAACUACUACAAGUGACACUUGGGGAAGAGACAAAACCAUACUCAAUGAAUCACUGCGCAGUGGAGUUUGUUUCCCUGUGCCCAGUGACUUUCUCUUAGUUGAGUUACUUUAGUUUAUACCAAAAAGAAACAAAUAGCAAUAUCUGCUGUCUAUAGUACACCAUCUACAGCGCUGCUCCGAAAGGGCAUUUGGCAUGUGCUGUGCUGAAUCU